AUGAUAUGGCGGAAGUCGGAGGAGGAGGUGGACGUUUUGGUCCAGAGAGUUGUCAAAGACAUCACUAACGCCUUCAAGAGAAACCCCAACAUUGAUGAGAUUGGUGUGAUCCCGUGUCCAGAGGCCCGCUACAACCGCAGUCCCAUUGUGUUGGUGGAGAACAAGCUGGGUGUUGAGAGCUGGUGUGUCAAAUUUCUGCUACCAUAUGUUCACAACAAGCUGCUGCUCUACCGCCAGCGCAAACACUGGCUGGAGAGGGAAGCUUUAGCAGAUAUCACCUGCACUCUGUUGCUGCUAAACCCGGACUUCACCACUGCAUGGAAUGUGAGGAAGGAGCUACUGCAGUGCGGAGUUCUUAACCCAGAGAAGGACCUCUACCUGGGCAAGCUGGCCCUCACCAAAUUCCCCAAGAGCCCGGAGACGUGGAUACACCGACGCUGGGUGUUGCAGCAGAUCCUGCGUCAGUUCUCUGCUGUGGGCCGCAGCAGGAAGCCUCAGCAGGGUGAAGCAGAGCAGGCUGAUGCAGAGAGGAGCCAUCAGCUCAGUGACAAUCUGGCCCGGACGCUCCAUCAAGAGAUGAAGGUGUGCUCUGACGCUGCCUGCCGCUAUCCAAGCAACUACAACGCAUGGUCCCACCGCAUCUGGGUGCUGCAGCACAUGGCCAAGGGCAACGUCAAGGUUUUCCAUGAUGAGCUGUCCUCCAUGCGCCUAUGGGUGUCCAUGCAUGUGUCUGACCACAGUGGGUUCCACUACCGCCAGUUCCUGCUCAAGGAGCUGAUCACUGAGCUCUCGCAGACUCCAGCUUCCACCACUACCCCCAGUUCACCCCAGCACCGCUGUAGCACAGUCCCCAGCAGCAGCCCCCUCCAUCACAGUCACAGCCAGGCUAACGGGGAAGUGUCAGAAGCAGAGCCAGCGGCUGAGGAGGAGAGGCAGCUCGGCGUCACCACCGUCCUUCAACUCUUCCACCAGGAGAUGGAGCUGUGCUCAGACCUGAUCCAGUCCUUCCCCGGGCACGAGACACUCUGGAGUCACAGGCGGCACGUCUUCUACUUGUGGCACCACUGGAGGAGGGAACAGCAGCAGCAGCAGCACUGCAGCAACGGAGAGAACAAGUCGGUCCCCCUGAACAGCAACGGUGACCCAGGCCUGCCGAAGGUCAGCGCUCAAAGCUGUGCAGGCAGGGGGGAGAGUGUGAAUGGACAGAGGUAUGCUACUGAAGCUAUGGAAGUGGAUGGGGCGUCCUUGCCGGACCCGAGAGACAGCAAGCGACUGAAGAGAGGCGUCCUGCUGCCCAGCCCCCCCGCCCUGCCCUCUGAGCACAGCUUUGUGAGCGGGAUGCUGGACAGCUGCUGUAACCCCGAGCAGAGACGUUUUGCCCUGGCAUACAAGAAGUGGUUAGACACUGUCAUUGGUCAGCAGCCUUGAGAGAGAGAGAGAGAGAGAGAGAGAGAGUGAGAGAGAGAGAGUGAGAGAGAGAGUGAGAGAGUGAGAGAGAGAGUGAGAGAGAGUGA